AACAGUUUUGAUGUCCUCAAACGAGAAGUCAGAUCCGAGUUUGAGAACCUCCACCGUUUCCUGGAUGAGGAGGAAUGUAAGGAUCUGGAGCGACUUCAGAGAGAGAGACAGAAACAAGUGAAGCAGCUGAAGGAGAGGAAGAAGAAAAUAGAAGCGCAAGCGACAGACCUGGAGACAGCGAUAUCAGUCCUCAACAAAAAACUGACCGAGGAGGACCAUCCCAAACUGCUCAGAGAAAUUCAAGAUCUCAUAAAAAGGUCCCAGGUCAGCUUCAAACCUCCAGCAGAGGUGGACACUGAGGUGCGCUCCGGACAGUUUGUGGGUCCCAUUCAGUACCGGAUAUGGAAGCACAUGAAAAGCUGGCUCUACCCAAGUAUAACAUCAAUGACCUUUGACCCUGAGACGGCCCAUCCUAACCUAUCCCUGUCCAAGUCCUGCACCUCAGUGUGGUUUGAGGAGGAUAAAGACACGAAGGAUUGCCAGCCCAACCCUCAGCGGUUCCACUAUUAUUACUCUGUGUUCGGCAACCAGAGCUUCACCACUGGACGGCACUACUGGGAGGUGGAGGUGGGACGUAAGACAGCGUGGAGGUUGGGCGUGGCGCGAGCUGACGUCCCACGAGGGGAGAUGGACGCGACAGGAACCUCCAGCGGCAUCUGGACUAUGGCCAUGAAGGGCGGGUCUGUGGUGGCCUGCACCGACCCCGAGCCCACGAAGGUCAACGUGUCCACCCGCCUCGUCCGCAUCGGGUUGUUCUUAGACUGUGAGAAGGAGGAGGUGUCUUUUUAUAACGCUGUCACCAUGUCGCCUAUUUACACCUUCUCCAUGGAGUAUGUCGAUGUGGCUCUGUUCCCCUUCUUUAACCCAUGUGACGCAGACGAAGGGAAGAACCUGGCGGCCCUUAAGAUGUUUAACCCUUCCAUUUGAUGCAGAGGUUUACAACACAAAUUGUUCAUUUAAUGUUAAUAAAACUACAGUAUAUAUCAUUUUUUGGGCAGGGCUUAAGAGACAAGAUAAUUAAGUGGCAACUAUUAAUUAAGUAUGGGUAGAAUAAAAUCAUUUUCAUCUUGUGUGAAAUAACAGCAUUUCAAUUUUCUUUGGACGUUUUUCAAUUUCCUGUCAUUUUAACAACAGAAGGAUUAAUUGAUUGAGAAAAAAGAUGACUUCACCUCAAUUUUUUUUACAUUGUACUGACUAUAUGAUACAUUGAUUGAGAAAAUAACAGACAUAUUCAUUUACAAAGAAAACAAUCGUUAGUUGUCUAAUUGUAUACUGUGAAUACCACUUGCUUAAAAACUGUUAAAUGAUUGUUCAGUAGAAACAUAAAACGUGCCUACACAAGUUAGUUUUCUGUUUUAAAUGAUCUUACUUAAAAAGUAAAAUACAUAUUUGCUUCAAAUGAAGGUUGUUAUCUGCCGGGUCUCUGGGGUCCAUAGCAAGUGUGAACAUUAUGACGUCACCUCUGUUCGGCUAUAAAUAUCUCUGUUGUGGCUGCUUAGCUAUGAAGUGUCCUGUGUGAGGGUAUAGAAGCUGGUAUUAGUGGCACGUGGGGCCUGAAGGGUGAGAAAGUGGCGCGUGACACUUUGAUGGCUGACAUUGAGUGAGACGACUCAGUGACAGGGAGAGAAAACAGUUUGAGAAUAGGAAAACAAAGACAAGAGGACGGCAGAAAUGUCAUAAUCGCUUGUUUAUUCUUAGUAUUCCUUUAGACAUGAAAUAAAGAAACAACAAAUAUUUUCUUUACAAAACAUCUGUGUGUGAAGUGUUGUGCAAAAAGGGAGUACAGAGAGAUGUCACACACACACACACACACACACACACACACACACACACACACACACACACACACACACACACACACACACAUUCUCACACACACACAUACACGCACACACCAAGGCCAGAACAGCAGAAGUAAACAGCGAAGAUCAGGGCAGAGAUGACUCACAUAGUGCAAGAAGUGGUAGUAAAACUAGUAGUUAUCUAUUAGUUAUUGGUGGGUAAACCGCCAGAAUCUCCAAUAACCCACCAGACUGAGCCUUCUUUGAGAUGCUGGUAAACUAAAGGCUUGUCCUGCCUCUCUCACAACCCUACUCACUCUGACUGGAGUGGCUUGGUAUUACAAUCACUGACAAUAAUACUGUACAGUAGCGGUGGUGCAUGGGAAUGCUUUUACGUCAGUCUCUCGUCAAAUGCUCACCACAACCAAACCCUGUUGGUUGCCCACACAAAGCGUUCAUCUUAUCAACUCCUUGCUGUGCCACACACUUGAAUAGCCUAAUGCUAUUUGAAACACCACUCACUUACAGAGCGCCAUCGGCACUCAUUAUGCUACUUAUAUUAAUCUGGAAAAUCACUUUCAUAUUUUUUAUACAUUAUAGAUAUCUCCAAAGCAUAUCACAGGCUAGCCACUUGUUGUUCAGUCGGGUGUGCGAAAAUGUUUUUUGAAUACCCUACGUUUCAAGAAAAAUGUGCCAUUAGGAGUGUCGGCAAAUGACAAGAGGCACUAAACAAAGACAAGAGUCACUGAAAUAUUUCAAAGUUACGAUAUCUUUUACAAUAUUCUGUGGCUUUACACACAUUCACACUUAAACACAGCACUUGGUUUCUUCAUGUUGCGGGACGAUUUAAGCAGGCACAUGAAUACCUCACUCGACAACACACACACGGAGAAGCUCAAAUAAAGUACAGUCGGGUCACUCGGUACACGCUGGCUAUGCAUAGAUUCAGCAUGCACAAUAAACCGCUCAUAAAUCAUUCACACGUGUGCGUCAUAGGCAAAAACACAGAAACACACGAUGAUGGCAACAUUGAAACGUCACUCCUCUGGACACACACACACACACUUUAGGACGAUAAAGCCUGUUUUUCAUGUCGUGGGCAUGCUGCAGCUUUAGGUGACGUAGGUUAAACAUUUUAAUACAACAUGUAAAUACUGUGAAGGAUAAUGCGAGCACGGUCAGGUUGGCAAUAACAGCAGAUCCCAAAAGAUCUAAUAUACUCUUUAAUAGAUUUUUUUUACAAUAUUUGGUUCUUAAAUUAGUUCAAGAUGUUAGUGAAUAUUAGUGAAGAUAGAUUAUAGUGCUGUGAGCGUAUAUAUUUUAUAUUCUGGAUUUAAUUUGAGUGAGACAUUUUAAAUUCUUCUUUAUUAUUCAGUAUAAUACAACAACCAUUCUAUACACUAGAAACAUUCAGCCUGUAGGGGGUUACACCGGCGUACACAUGCAAUAUUUACACUGCUGGAAUGUGUGUGUGUGUGUGUGUGUGUGUGUGUGUGUGUGUGUGUGUGUGUGUG